AGUUAAUCUGUCAGCUACCGCCCGCAGAGUUUGGUCGCCUGGUAGAUCAACUCCAUAUUAUCCCAGUAACAUAAUAAUCCAAAUGGAAAAUAAAAAAAUUAUAAUUGUAUUUUCCGUAUGUCUAACAUACGUUUUGGGCUAUAAUAAUUAUCAUUUAAAUUAUGAUCCUUACUUUCCAAAUAAUAAUUUCUGCAAUGAUUUGUCUCCUUAUUACGGAAAUAUAAGUUUGGAUCUUAUUUCCGGAGUUUGGUAUGGAGUCGAAAAAAUACCUCACAAUAAAGGCGAAUACAAAAUAGACUACACUAAGGAGUGCUUCUACAUUGAUAUAAAGGAGGAACAUGUUCAGCCUACUCCUCCCACGUACCCGCCGCUGGCAUAUUCAUACUUGAGCACAAGUUAUGGGUUCAACCAGCCCGAACAAUACCGGAUGAGGUACUUCGUCGUCGAGUGGCACGAGGGCCUCUUCCGAAGCGAGUACCAUGUCAAAGUUAACACUUCACAUAUGGGCUUCUGGAUAUCGAAUGUACCCAGCACAGCCGUAGAAAAGAUGUACCGUUAUUUCGGCGGAGUAAUUCAGGUGCUAAAGGUAGCCAAUAACCAUUUGGUCCUGAACUUCUGUAAUACGAUGCCCUAUCGAGAGUUCUACAGCGUCGUGUUCUCAAGGAAUGAGAAUCAGCUGACGCCCGAGGACCUGUCGAGCAUCCACAGCAUCUUCACGACCAAACAUCUCUCCACCUCGGCCUUGAAGCGAGUUUGCGACAAUUCAGGGACAAUGCUUCAAUUCUCGGUCGUCAUGUUACUACUGGCCUGUUUGUUAAUAUGGGGGUCUGAUGCAUAGAUAACAGUAAUGGAACUAUAUGUAUUAUUAUUGUGGUUGUACAGUGCUUGUCCAAGCACGUAGUUAUGUAAAGCGUGUUCCGACGCAGUAAAAUGACAAUUCUCAUUUACUGUUCGUUCUGCCCAUUGCCACUAUAAUGUUUGUACAAAAUAGACGAAUAUCGGGGCAUAAUAUCUUUCGGAAACCUAAAAAAAUCAACUAAGUAUGUCAGCGACUGUGUUUAAGUUCUGGUACCUUCCGACCUAAUAUUAUAUUACCCGUUAUGUAUUAGUCUUAUAGCCAUAUGUAUAUACUUAUACCGGAAAAAUAUUAAUGAAGUUACACUUAUAAUUCGUUAAAGAAUUAAAACUAUUUAUAAUUCAUGGGUUUUAUAAGUUAUAUGGAUUAGUUAUAUGUUAUAUUGCUAAUUUGUCGCAACAGCCUUUUUGUUUAUACACUGUGUUUUUUUAAAGUCCUUUAUGUUCAAGGGUGCAUUCCUGAGCUUGCUUAAAUUGAGUAACUUACUCAAAAAAACCGGUAUUCUAUUUCACUCCAUUUUAAGGAUAAUAAGUAGGUAAUAUUUUUUUUUUAAUAAGGGCCCUACGAACGUUGCACAUUGAUUAGUGUUUAGUAUGAGUUUCUAUAUUUGCUACUAAACGCGAGUACCUCUACUAUGUAUCUCGGACGAUCGAUAUUCGAAAUGUCAUUGAUAUGUUAUACUAGUUUUCAAUUGUUUGGUGGAUUUCAAUAUUAUGUCCGUGUUACAAAAAUGCUAUUAUUUUUUAUGAAAAAUUAAAAAAAAUAAAACACUUAAAGGUUAGGCACUAACUAUGCCAUUCAGUUUCCUUAAAUGUACUUAAUAGCCGUACCCCGGAAUUUACGGACUUUAAAUAAACACCGUGUAUGUAACUCCAUCAGCUUUGCUCCGAACAUUUUUGUCCCUACAAAACUGUAUUAUUUGUUCGUUGGUGUUUCACUGUUUUUUUUAAUUACUCU